AGUUCUACACGACCUUUCUUUGCAAAGUUAUAGAAUUUACAAGAAAAGUCCUAAAUUGAUUUCGUCUUAUUUCUGUAGCUUUGAGCUGACAAUGAACAUUUAGGGCUUUUCUUGUAAAUUCUAUAACUUUGCAAAGAAAGGUCGUGUAGAACUAGAAGAGUCUCAUUUUAAUCAGAAAUUUCCGGGUUACAAUCAUGCCUGAUUAAGAAAGGUUUUGGUUAUUUUUUUAGAGUUUUUGAAAAACCAGUUUUCCAGAAAUCGGUAUCUGCAAGGCCUAGCGAGAAAAACCAAGACCAGAUUCGGAUUCAGGAUCAUCGAUUACCUAUGGUCCACUAGUUUUUACGUCAAAAGUGAUUAGACAGUUGUGAAUCAUUCCUCGUGAGUGAGUUUUGAAAGUGUGAAGCAAUUUGCUUGAAAAAUGAAGGCGCUAGAAGCUUUUUAUUUUAGUACGGUCAUCGCGAAAAAAUUGAAUUUUCUUGAAAACUCAUUUUUCACAGUUUCGUUAAUUCGAGCAGCAAAACAAACAUUGCCACGAGAUUUAGUAUGCCUCAAACCCUAUGUUUCAUGCCUUUUUUAAGGUUUCCAGACUUCAGAUUUAGCCGAUAGUUUUAAUUUAAUCAUGUAUAUUUCAAUUCAAACGGUUUGUAAUUGUUACGGUAAUUUAGUAUUUGAAUCACUUCAUUGUGAUCGAUGUCAUUCGUUGAUACCGUUUCAAUUAAGUGAUGAAAUGUUGAUUCAACAACGAAAUAAUAAUGAUAAUAAUAAUAGCAACACAUAUCCAAACAAUGAUAAAAAAUCAACAUCAUUGGCACCAGCUACUCUAUUCUCAUAUAAUCAUCAACAACAUAAUCCUCAACAAUCAAUGGGUCGUAUUCGUUUUCGAGCAUUGUGUCCAUUUUGUAAUAGUUUCUCAUUUACAAUGCGUACAUUUUGUAAACGUGAACGUCUUUAUUAUCAUUUACGUAUUCAAAAUUUGGGUCAAAAUGAUCAACAUUUUUUAUCAUUGACAGAUUCAUCUACGGGUGCAUCAGGUAUUACAAUUGAUCAAUAUGGAACAAAACGUGAUCAAAAUGUUGGAUUUGAUGAUACACUCUCAUCUCAAACAAAAUUUAAUACUAGUUUUACUCAUAGUGAUAAUAUUCCAUAUGUAAAUCCAACAAUGGCUAAUAAUCAAAUAGAACAUGAACGUAAUUCACUUGCAUUAAAUGAAUUGGAAGGCGAUCUAUUUACAGUAUUAAAACAGGGUUUAUUUUUUGAUACAAUUAUUGUUUGUCAAGAUGAUGUUAAAUUGAAAGUACACCGAUGUAUAUUAGGUGGUCGUUCAACGUGGUUUCGUAAUUUAAUAAGUGAAAAUCACGAGUCAAAUUCAAAUGAUGAUUAUAUAUUACAAAUGAAUAUUGAUGAUAUAUCAUCAGAUACUAUGAAUGAAAUUUUAAAUUAUAUCUAUACAAAUCGUUGUCAUAUUGAUUUAAAAAAUGCUCCAAAUCUAUUGUUAGCAUCAAAACGUUUUGAAUUAGAAAAAUUAAAAAAACAAAUAAGUGAAUUUUUAUCAUAUCGUUUAACGAUAGAAAAUGCCAUUGAAUUUUUGAUAUGUGCACAUGAGUCAAACACAUUGGAAUUAAAACAAGCCUGUAUUCGAUUAAUUAAUCGUCAUGCUGAGAAAAUAAAACGUACAGAAAAAUGGAACAAAUUAAAAACUGAUUAUGUUGAUUUAGUACCAGAAUUAUAUGAAAAUCGUGUUGAUCCCUCUGUAACGACAACAUUUCCCGAUGUAUUUAAUAAGAAACCAGGUAGUAGAGAAGGUUUUUCAUCAUUGAAUGAAGUUUAUGAACAUCCACCGAAACCCAUUCAGCAACAACAGCAACAACAACAGUUGAAAAUAUUGCCAUCAACACGUCGUACAUCAUUAAAUAAAGUAAACAAUUCUGGACCCUAUCCAUCGCAAAGAAACGAUUCAUCAGCAUCAUCUGUCAUUGUUAUGGAUGAUCCAAUACCAGUCAAAACAUGGAAGAAUGUCAGUAACAACAAUACAAACAAACAAAAUAUGAAUCAUAAACCACCUAAACGUCGAAAUUCUAUUCGUACUGUUCUUCCCGCCGUCUUAACACAAAAUACUGAAAUAGAUUAUCAUAGACGACCAGUAAAUGUUAAUGAAAAAAGUAAAUCAAUACCACAAGCAGAAAAUAGAACGUAUUCACCAGUUCGUCAACAACAUCCAUCACCACCAUUGAGAGCAGCACCGGCUUCUCAAUCAGCAAGAAAAAUUAUUCAAUUAGAAAUGCAGAGAAAUACACCAGCAGAAUCAAAAACAAUUUCACGUUUUUCUGAACGUGAACAUAGUGAUUGA